AUGAAUGGUGGGAAGAGUAACGGUAGCAAACUCAGCGAUGAAAAGAAGAAAGAACAAAAUUUGAAAUUGAACCGAUUUAUGAUUCAAACGUUUACGAAAGGUUUACUGUUCAAAUAUUCGUCACUCUUCAUCGAAAACUAUAAUGAAAAUGAUACCAACGUCGAACCGUUAUCAAGACUGUUGAAGUUUGAUUAUAGGAAGACGCCAGUUUUCUUUGAAACCCUUUUAAAGAGAUCAAAUUCAUCCAUUGUACAAUUCAAAAAAGUAUGUUGUAUCAUGGUGAAAUUCUUGCAAUGUUGCACUAAUGAAACAAACUAUAUGAAAUUUCUAAAAUACAAUUUGCACAAAUUAAUUGUAUCAUGCUUUAUCCUAAGUAUACCAAACGUCACAGGUACAGAAGCUGAUAAGAUUGAAAAUAGAGAAAAAAGUUAUAUUUUAUAUUCCAAAAUGACAGGUUUAUCGGUAUCUGAAAUCACAAACUGUUGCUCCAUAGUCCGGCCUAUCAUAAUUCGGCGGAGUAGAAAUCAGUACAAUGCUCUUCUUUAUACUAAUACAUCGAGUUAUAACAAUUCUGAAAAUCGAUUUAACGUUAUGACAGAUACGAUACUAAAUUAUGAUGCUAGUAAUAACUACUAUCACCAUUUCGUCCCCCCAAGAACGAUAUCGCCAAGCGAUAUACACAUCACCACAGGUAACUCUUCAUCAUCGGAUUCAACCAACUACAACGGCAAUAAUAAUGAACGACAAUCAAGCCCAUCGGCUGAUAAUCCUUUAACUUCAAGUAACGGCUACAUUUUAGGAACAGAGAUGGAACAAUUUAAUGAACUGGGCAAGAAACUAGUCAUCGAAUACUUCAGAGUAGUAUGA